AUGAGCAAAGAAAGGUGUCGUGCCCCCUCUUUCGAUCGAGCGUCAAGCAAAGCACCAACGCAAAUAUUUCAGUCAAUCUUUUCAGUGCGACCAGUCAACAACGACGUUGUACAUCCGCAACGUUCGACUCUACCACACAAGUCCAUUUGCUUCAGCUUAGAAAUUAUGUGUUUAGACAACAUGCAUACACAGCAGCAAGAUAAGCAGCAGCAAGAAAAGCAGCAGAAGAGUGACAUUAGUCCACCCACACGACGGCGAUUACGAUCGCGAGAGAAGGAGGAUGUGGGUGCGCCUGCCGUGUGGGUUAUACCAGAUUGGGUUACGCAUCCAAUUAUCGAGAAUUUUUAUGGCUACACACGGCAUGCCCGAACUACAUCGUUUGACGAAAUAAUGUGCUCACCAGUCAACGCAAGAGUCACAACGACAUUGGGUGAGAAUUGCUGCAGUUACAAAGUCGCAGAUGAUGAUGACAAAGGCCAUCAAUUUGUGACUCGCCGACCGUUUGGGUCGUUUGCCUAUUCCUGUACAACGGACACAAGUGAGGAAGGAAUUGGGACCGAAAAUUUACUUUACGAUCGCCACACUGUUAUGGGUGCUGGCCAAGACAAUUGUGGAUCUGGAUACGCUCAUUGGAAUAGAAUGCACCAUACUUUAACUCUCAACGGAGCAUUAGUACCAGUACCUUUAGAACCUCGUUAUAGAAUUGAUAGAGUAUCAAGUGUGGAAAACUCACAGAACGUUGGAGAUCGAGCAACGUUUGGUUUUGCAUUCUCUUUUAAUCUUGAUAGUCCGUACUCGUCUAUGACGUCUGCAAGGUUACGUGCAAAGUUACAAGACAGUCUACACGAUAUGGACACUCGUAUUGCAGAGGAAAAGAUGCGUUUGAAUCAGAUUCAACAAGCAAUAAAGCAGAAAGCAGGAGUUAAGCGUUCGAAGGCAACUCCAAACGCCAUGUGGAGCUUGAUUUGUGGUAUACGGACAGAUGAAACGUCUCAAGCUGACGGAAUGGCUUUCCUGGUUGAAGAAUUGGGAAUAGCUGUGUCGCACCGAGCUUUAAAUCAGCUCCAGCGUCAUCGUCGACAUGUGAGUGGCAUCUUGCAAAUAGUAACCGAACACAAUCCAGAUCUUGAGCUCACGGAGCGGCAACUCGACUCAUUUGAAGUAGCAGACGCGAUGUUGGACAAUGACAUCAAAUACAGUGUCUUGAAUCAGCAGUACACGUUGUUGCUGGCUAGUUUGACUCAGCGACGACGUGCUGCAGCUCAAGCAAAGCUACACAAUGGCAAUGAUUGUUUUGAGAAGACUCAUGUCAAGAGUAUGAUGCUGUCAAACCUGUUAGAAGCUGUGAGCUGGUAUCGAUUAGUGCAGCGUAAUGCAAGGGAAGAAUCAGCUUCGAGUUGUGUGAAUGUGACAUCAAAUUUUGAAUCGAACGGUGAGUCCGCUCUUUCUUCUGGACUGACAGAUGUCCAGGUGGAUACAAUUUUUGAUGUCUUAGCUGGGGAAGACUUUUAUUCUGAUUACAACAAGCUCAUGUGUCAAGCUGAUUGGUGGGAGAUUGCACAGGCUCACUUUGAGAAUCUCAUCUUUUCGUCCAAGCACUCACGUAUCUGUCAAUGGAUAUAUCAGCUUUCAAGAGACGUCGCAGUCGUGAGUUUUGAAGAAUUGGAGAGAAACGAUCGAAAAGGUCAUAAAUCAAGGACGAAUUCUACGGUUGGGGACUAUAUGCAUCACAAGAGCCACCGUCAGCACCCUUCUUGGGCAGAAGACCCAUCUCCUGAACAAAUUCUUGACUUUCUUGAAAGACUGACAAGUCGCGUGCGUCGCGAAUUUGAUGUUGCGAACGAUGUGAGCAAGAGCUUAAAUGUGUUUAUUCAGCGCACUGUCUUCCCACGCAUUGGUGUUCUCUGCUUUAAUCAAAAAUCAAUGAGGGAGUGCCAGAGGAAAGAUAAAAUGUGGCGCAAGAAGUGCCAUGAGAUGAGCGGUUUGCCCAUGGAGAACCUUGGCGUGUCCCUUGAAUUGGUUCAAAAGAUCCGUUUGAAUCUGCCUAGCCAUCAGAUUAAUGGAUCAAGUCACAAAAGUUUAAGUCCACGACAGGUUUUUCUAGUUCGUGCGAUUGAGGCCUUCAAUGGCAUGCAUAGUAUUGUACCGUGCGAUUUGCUAGAUGAGUUGAUGCAUGGCGUCGUAAUUUUACAUCACGAAGCUGCCCUUGUGUUAGGCACGACUCAAUUUUCUGUGGAAACAUUCUUUCCGUUGUUGGCAUACGUGCUGGUGCACUGUCGACUGCCGACUAUUCACGCUCAGCUGCAUCUUCUUGAGAACUUUGCGAUCACGGCAGAUAAUGCAAAUGGUGAGGAGUCGUAUUACGUUUAUUGCGUCCAUGCUGCUGUCGAAUACGUUUGCAACACAGCAGGACUAGGCGUUAAAAGCAAUAUUGAGGAUCCCACUAGCUCAUCCUUAAGUGUUGUCUCGACUCCAGAAAGCUCCAGCUUCUCACCUGUUAUGCCAAUUCUUCAUAAACCUUCAACAGAACUCGCCAUUUCGAUCGAACCUGAGCUCGAGAAUGGACCAAGCGACAGUAGAAGUACUACCGAAAUGGGUGUGAACAAGCAGCAGAUCUCCGAAUCUGCUUUAAAGUUAAACUUCACUCGAUGUUAG